AUGGAUGCAAAUAUUGUGCCACGGAGAGGAAAACUUAUAACCAAUAUGGUUUCAAUACCGAAAAUUAAUGAUUCUGAGCAUAGCACGAAUGAGAACAAAAUAUUGACUGAAUUAGAAGAUUUAAAAAUUAUUCUGUGUUCGAAUAAUUUGGCUAAUCAGAACAUUGGCUUCACAGAAAACAAUGAAAAUCAUGACGACACAAAAAGCACAUGUACACAUCCAACAUCUUCUAAAGAAAGUUUGACUGUGGAAACCAUUGAAUGUGCAGAGGAUUUUGUGUAUGCAAACGACAAUGAAAAAGAAAAUUAUCUUAAAUGCAUGGCAACACCUGAACAAUUUGUAUAUACUGUUAACCCUGAUAAUCCUACUAAGAUUCACAAUAACCGAAAGGAAGCAGUGAACUGUUACGUUUCACUCUGUCAUUCUAAUGAGAGUGAUGCUGAUAAAAGCGACAAUGAUCGUACCUACAAAGUCGAGAAGAGGAGUCAAGGCAAUUUAUCUUCUAGUUCUCCGCAUUCGCCAACCAAAAAAUGCCAAGGAAAAGAAUACGAACGACGAAUAAUAGGUCCUACAGGUCACAAACAUUAA